AAAUGCUUUGCCACAACCUUCAAUCCUCCCAUCACCUUGUCACCUCCUCAUACAAUCUCACGAUUCAUUCCCAAAGGGUCUGGUAACAACAAUCACCGCAAAAGCCCCAAACAGAGAUGGAUGCUCUAUUCGGAAACCAAGAUCGUGCAGCUUCUUCAACAGAAGCUGAGCAUCAUUCUGAGGUUAUUCCAAGUUACGAAACUGCGAUUUCGACAAGACCAACUGCUGACCAGCUUGCAGAGCUAAUGGAGAUGUCGCUUGGUGGAGAGGCUCAGACAGGAGAUAACACUGCUGGGAGCGGUUUAGCCUACAUGAAUCCCAAGGACGAAGGAUGUUCACCAGAUUAUUCGAAGGCGUUUGACUGGUAUCUCAAGGCAGCCAACCAAGGAAACGCCAUUGCUCAGAAUAAUAUAGGUUACAUGUACUAUGAUGGUAUAGGAACUACACAGAGCUAUGAUAAAGCCUUCGUCUGGUACCAGAAGGCGGCCGGAAAUAAUAAUGUUGGCGCUCAGAGUAUGCUAGGCUACAUGUACUACCAUGGCAUAGGAACUGGUGCGAACAGUCGACAAGCCUUUUAUUGGUAUUCCGAGGCAGCUAAACAAGGGAAUCCUACCGCUCAAAAUAAUCUAGGCUACAUGUACUCUCAUGGCCAAGGGACUGUACAGGACUAUUAUAAAGCUGCCGAGUGGUAUAGAAAAGCAGCCGACCAAGGGGAUGUCACUGGUCAGAGCAACUUGGGUUACUUGUACCUUGAGGGCAAAGGGGUUAUAAAGGAUUUCUCGGGAGCCCUCAAGUGGCUCCCCAAGGCAGCCGAACAAGGAAAUGUCGCUGCCCAGAUCAAUCUAGGAUACAUGUACGAACAUGGUAAAGGAACUCCACAGGACUAUUUAAAAGCAAUCGAGUGGUAUCGAAAGGCAGCCGACCAAGGAAAUGCCAUCGCUCAGACUAACCUGGGCAAUUUAUACUAUCAGGGCAAAGGAGGUCCAAAGGAUUAUUCGAAAGCUUUUGCUUGGUAUCUCAAGGCAGCAAAUCAAGGAAAUGCUGAUGCUCAGCUUGCCCUUGGUUCUAUGUAUCGAGAUGGGAAGGGUAUCCCUAAAGAUCAUGAUAAAGCAAACCAAUAAUGCCUAUGCCAUGCAAAAGAUGAGCCUAUCCGAGUGCUCAGU